UUCUUUGUGGUGUUCGUGGCGUGAUGUGAACCGCGUGGACUUUCCUUCAAGAUUUAUGUGAUUUAAUUUUGUGAGGAAGAAGUGACUUGAGUUUGUAGUGAUCGCAGUGAGUUUUGUUACCGGUUUGGACGCUUCACCAGGUAAGACUACAACUGUUGUUUGCGGUGUAACCGCAUUGUAGGUACGGGUAUCUUUAUAGCCACUGAACAGUCUACUGGCUUGUUCCAAGUGAGUUUAUUGGGCUGUUGUGUUAUCGGUGGUCGACCGCAGUUGUAAACGGUACCCUCAUAGUUUAAUGGACUUCCUGUAUGGUAAAGUGUCUUGUGCGAGGUUCACUCGCGAUGCGUUGCUGAAGACAUGGCAACAGGAGGGCUUAUAGACGAGGAAAACGCACUCGAGACUAGAGACGAACGUGCGAAGAUGAAAACUUCAGGACUUUGUGUGAAAAACGGGUUUCCCGGUGAAUUUAGAUACGCCGAAGAAUACCAAACUAGUCCGGAAUCUUCAGAGGGUGUACGGCCACGGACGUUUUCUGAGGAUGAAGAUGAAAUCAGUGUUGGAAUCCCUUCUCCCGCACCUGAAAGGUUGGAUGGGUACUCCGACGAAGACAGCUGUUUGAGAAGACCAGAGUCACCAAUAAUUUCACGAACCUCUUUUCGCGAAGAAAGAUCUUCCGGAGACGAAGUCGAACAAAGCGACGAAAGAACCUCUUCUCUAUCAUCCGCCUCGACUACCAUCCACUGCCGCCGACCCUCCAACACAUGUUCCUCCGAAGACGACGGUGAGCACAGAGAAGACGAAUACUUCAAACCCCUGAAGAAACUCAAGAUGAUGAAAAUAGACAAAGUUAGUUACAGCAUAAACAGAUCGAAAACACCAAAACGAGUUCACAGACCACACCAAUCUCAAAGUCCGAAAGAGUCAAUUCCGAGAAGAGGCAGUUCAGAAGAAUCAUCAGGGUCGAACGGAGUGAAGUCUUUUUCAAUAUUGGACAUUUUAAAUCAUAGGCCUUCGAAGGGUGUAAGAUUAGAUGAUCCUAGAGAGACGGUGGUUCCUACUAGGAUAGUCAGACCCUGGGACUACGGUGGUUUGGAGGACCCAGGUGCUUCUUGUAUACCACCUCCUGCACAUCGGGGGCUGAUUCCUCCUCCGCCACCCUUACUGCUGGAGAGGUUUCAUAGGGUAGGGCUGCAUCAACACCUCAGGCCCAAGUCUGCAGACCUGUACGACACCUCUGCUUCCACCUGCAGCUCCUCGGGAAGAUCUUCUACAGGAGGAAGUGAUUGCUGUACCUCCCCCGACCUGCCCCCUCGGCGAGCUCAACCCCCGCAGAGGCCAAAGGGUAAACAACCCUCAGCAUCACCUCUGGACGCGCUCUUCCAGAUGACGAGCAAAACCUUCGAGGAGCUCAAUGGCGAGGCUGGACCAGAGGGUCAAGCGAGCCACCUGAACCUGUUCAACAGCCGCCAGCAGCCCAAGAAGAAGAGGAAGUCAAGGACGGCGUUCACCAACCACCAAAUCUUCGAGCUGGAGAAGCGGUUCCUCUACCAGAAGUACCUAUCUCCUGCGGACCGUGAUGAGAUCGCUGGCCAGCUGGGUCUGACCAAUGCCCAGGUGAUCACGUGGUUCCAGAACAGACGGGCGAAGCUGAAGAGGGACAUGGAGGAGUUGAAGAAGGACGUAGAGAGCACCAAGGUCUUGAGCGCUCACAAAUCAUUCCUGGAGAACGUGCAAAACCUCGGAAUCCUCAAGAAGAAGUCGGUGGCGGGACACGAGGCAGACGACAAACCUCUGAAUGUCGUCAUGGAGAAGUAAGAAGUCACUAGACAAACGUAGAGUUCUGCAUCGUCAAGAGGACAGCGGAAACCAUCGAAAAGACUACAACUUCUCAAUGAUCACGGAGAAUUCAGUUGAAGACAAUUGUGAAACUCAUAGACCAUCUCCGUCGCUAAGAAGAAGUCAGCGAAAACCCCCAAAGAAGAUCAUCAUCUCUCGUCUCCAUGAUAACACGUGGAAUUUAGACGAAGUCAUUUGUGAAACUUAUAUACCGUACCCAUCACCUUCCAUUGGUCAGAGAAAGAGAAAUAUAGAUACGGCAGUGGAC